AUGGACAAGAAUGUCGUGAAGGGCAUGGUGGACUCCCUUGAGGAGGCGCGUGCAACGCGAACCUUGACCGAGAACGAAGAGCGCUUCACUAGCGAGUACCACCAGGAAGUGAGGGCACAAGCUGCCAGGAAGAAGGGAAGAAGUGCGCCCUCAGAGGCGAAGGAGGACGAGACACUUUCCGAGGACCAGCCGACGAGUCCGAGGACGGAGCCCGACGCGGCUAAGGAGCCCAAGGUGGCUGAAAGGAAGGAGACGGAGUCGGAGGACAGUGCAGCGCCUUCGGUGGCGAAGCGGGAGGCGGAGCAGAGCUCGGAGGGCGAGAAGGAGCGCCGACGCCGGCGGGAGGAAGAAGACCGGGAGCGCAGCAGACGCUUUGAACGGGAGAUGGCGGAGUUGAGUGAGAGCAUCCAGCGCCAGCGAGAGGCGGAAGCGCAACUAUUUGCGGACCGGCUUCGCGAGUGGAGCGACACGCAAGAUCGCUGGUGGCGCGAGGCGCAGGAGGAGAGGGCGCGCCGUCGCCGUGAUGAGGAGGAGGAGGACCGUCGCAACCGAGGGCGCCGGGACCGGCGAGAGGACAGGAUCGCUGGGAUGAUGGGCGUUAUCGCCGAGACGACAGGCGCGAUGAUCGCCGGGGUGAUGGGCGUGAUCGCCGAGACGACAGGCGCGGCCAUCGCGACCUUGGGCCUGGGCAGUGGCGCCGCUCUGGCGAUGAUGACACGGACUCGUGGUAUGGUGGCAGAGGGCGCUCUGGAGGAGCGAGCAGCAGCAGCGACCCCCGUGGCGGGAAGGGCGCCCGUGGUGGCGGCAAAGGAGGAGCGCGCCGGGGGCGCCGUCACGAAGGUCGCCGUGCUGCUGGGCGCGUUUGAACGCGAUGGCUUGAGCGCAGACUUGCUCGACAUGGCAGAGCGCUUCCAAGACGCUUUAAGCGCGCGCACGACGCGGAUUGAGGAUGGGUCGUGGGCAGACAAGCUGCGGCGCUUAGUUAUAGCGAUCGAGAACCAGGACGAGGACAUGGUUCAGGAGCUGCUUUACGACUACACCCACAGGUGCAGUUUCCUGCAGAGCGCCCUGGCCAACAAGAAGUGGGAGGAUUGGCGGCGGCGGGGCUACGAGGAUUAG